AUGGAACAAACCCGAGCAAUCAACGCGCUUGCACCCUUCCUCGCCCUGUCAAAGUCGGCCACUUCAGCUCGCGCAGCUGCUGAUCUCGUCACUCAAGCCACUUCGGCCGUGCACACAUAUGUCUUUGGCGAGCUCCUCCAGACGCCAAACAUCCAGAGUCUCCGCGACGAUGCCCAAUACCGCAACUACUACACACUGUUCGAGCUGUUCGCCUGGGGCACAUGGGCCGAGUAUCAAGAACAUAAAUUGCGUCUACUCACUCUCCUCACCCUCGCCGCAAACACAACAAACAACAACCCGCUCACAUACACAAACCUUCAAUCCGCACUCUCGCUGGACUCGCCCCUGGCCCUCGAACGCCUGGUCACCGACGCCAUCUACGCCGACCUGCUCACCGCCAACCUAAACCCCGCACAAGGCAUCGUCGCUAUCAGCAGUGUAGCCGCCCUCCGCGAUCUCAAUCCUGGCAGCGUAACACGCAUGAUGGCUUCACUAGACGCUUGGAGCGGCAGAUGCGAUGAUGUGCUCAAGGACCUCGAGGCCCAGAUGAAGAGUGUAAUGGAAGCCGCAGAGAGAAGAACAAACGAGGAAGCCAUGCGUGCAGAGCAGGUCCACAGAGCUGAAGCCAACGGCAAGAAGAGUGACGACACUGCAGACGAUGCCAUGGAGGUCGACGAUGGCGGCCAGAAACUGGGAGGCAAGAAGAGAGGUCUUGGUGGUCUGGGCUUGAGAAAGAGAUAG